GAAGUGAGUCCGGUUGCCCGGGAGACGGUGUUGUAGAGGCCCGGAGCCGGGGCCUGGGGUGAGCGGUGCCGCCGCCAUGGACGGGCCGGGCUUGCGGCUGCUGCCGCCCGAUCCCCGGGACCGCGGGUCGCAGCGCUGCCGCCUGGGGCCGCGGGCUCUGGCGGCGCUGGGCGUGCGGCUGGGCGGCCCGCUGCGGGUGUGUGUGGCCGGCGGCCUGGCGCUGUGCUCCGCCUGGCCCCGGGCCGACCGCGCCGACGGCCUCCUGCAGCUGGACGCCAAGUGCGCCAGCCCGGGCUUCCCGGAGCGCGGGGCCCGCGGCCUGAGCCUGGGCCUCGGGCAGCUGCAGGCCGUGGGCUGCAGCAGGGCCCGGCGGGUGUGCGUGCGGGCGGUGCUGGCGGCCGAGCCCGGCGGCCCCCCGCCCCCGGCCCCGCUGCUCCGCCGCCUGCUGAAGGGCGUCUACCUGAGCGCCGGGCUAGUGGUGCGGGUGGCAGGCCCCGAGGCCUCGGCCUGGCCCGGCGCCCUGCUGCUGCUCGAGGUGUGCUGGCUGGAGCCGCCGGCCGCCGGGGCCGCGCUGCUGGCGCCCGGGGCCGACGUGCGGGUGGCCGAGGUGCUGAGCCUGGAGCGGUACCGGGCGGAGAGCCGGGGCCCGGCCGAGGCCUCGGGGCCUGAGCCCGAGCCCGCCCUCCGCCCUCUGCGAGAGGCGCUGGCCUGGCCGCUGCUCUACCCCGAGGCCUCGGCGCGCCUGGGCCUGGACUGCCCGCGGGGAGUACUGCUGCUCGGGCCGCCGGGCGUGGGCAAGACGCGGCUGCUGCGCCGCCUGGCCCAGGAGCUGGGCGCCUGGGUGCUGGAGGCCUCGGCCUCGGCGCUGCUCGGGCCGCGGCCCGGGGACAGCGAGUGCCGCCUCAGGCGCCUCUUCGGCAGGGCCGAGGCCAAGGCCGGGCGCCGGCCUUGCCUGCUCUUCAUCGACCAGCUGGACGCCGUGUUUCCCCGGAGGACGGGCCGGGGCCAGGGCGCCGAGCACCGGCUUCUGGCCCAGCUCCUCGGCCUGCUCGACAGCCCGGGGCGCAGGCCGUUCGUGCUGGUGGGCGCCACCGACAGGCCCGAGGCCCUGGAUCCCGCACUGAGGAGGCCUGGGCGGUUUGACCGAGAGGUCACAAUUGGUGUCCCGACAAUGUUUCAGCGUCAGUCCAUUCUGGAAGCGGUCACUGCCCCAAUGCCUCUGAGUGCUGAUGUUAACGUGUCCUGGCUGGCAGAAGCAACAAGUGGCUAUGUCGGGGCUGACCUGACAGCCCUGUGUCGAGAGGCUGCUCUGCAGGUCAUCAGGCGCAGUUCCCAGGACUCGGUGAAGCAGCGGAUAACCCUUGCAGACUUCCAGGAGGCGCUGAAGGUGGUGCACCCAUCCUCCCUCAGGAGCAGCAUUGGCCUGACUGACUUCAAACCUGUGCACUGGGACCAGAUCGGAGGCCUGGACGAAGUCAAGCUGAAACUAAGGCAGAGUGUCGAGUGGCCGUUGAGGUACCCGGAAGCAUUUGUGAGGAUGGGGACGAGGCCUUGUCGGGGUAUCCUCCUGUAUGGACCGCCAGGCUGUGCAAAGACCACAUUGGUGAAGGCCGCGGCCUCCAGCUGCCGGUGCUCCUUGCUGUCGGUCAGUGCGGCUGAACUCUUCUCCCCCUUCGUGGGUGAUUCUGAAAAGGCGUUGGCUGAGGUGUUCCGCCAGGCUCGAGCUGCUUCACCCUCGAUCCUGUUCCUGGAUGAGAUUGACUCAAUCGUUGGGUCACGGUCAGGUGACCCUGCAAAUGGACACAGUGUUCAAGAGCGAGUCCUGUCUGUUCUCCUCAAUGAGAUGGAUGGAAUUGGACACCCGUUGUCUGAGAGAAGAGACACUGGAAGGGCCGUGCUGAUGUGUGAAGGGGAUCAGUCCGAGGAACAGGCAAGAAAGUUAGAGUUUCAGGAGGUUUGUAACAAAGAAGUCAUUGUGAUUGCUGCUACAAACCGGCCGGAUCUCCUGGACGAUGCGUUACUGCGACCGGGCCGUUUUGAUCAGAUCAUCUUUGUUCCCGCCCCAGAUGAAGAGACAAGACUUUCUAUUCUGAAGAUCUGCACUUCCAAAACUCCACUGGAUGGGGUGUGCCUGAGGGAGCUGGGAGCUGCGACUGCAGGCUUACUGGAGCAGACCUAUACAAUUUAUGCAAGGAGGCUGCCCUGUUGUCUCUGCAAGAACAUGGGCUCGAUGCUGCAGCUGUGACACACAGUCACUUCAUCAAAUCCCUUCAGAGCUUUAAACCUUCUCUCACCGAGCAGCACUUGGACUUUUACUGCAACCUGUUCUCAGCUCGGGACCUGUGGUGUUG